CCCCCGCGAGGUCCUACUACCCGGCGCCGACUCAGAGGGGGGAAAUAAAGACCACCUUCUGCCAGGAGGCGGGCAGGAGCCCCGGUUCCCCCCCAGCCGCUCUGGGUGGUGGUGCCGGUGCCCACGCCGACGCGUCCCCACCCUCUUCCGGCCCUCGGCUACCGGGGCCGCGCUCUCUUCGCUCGGUGGAUGCUGCGCCUCUCCGAGCGGAACAUGAAGGUGCUCUUCGCCGCCGCCCUCAUAGUGGGCUGCGUCUUCUUCCUGCUGUUGCCAGGUCCCUCGACGGCCGACGAGAAGAAGAAGGGGCCCAAAGUCACCGUCAAGGUGUACUUUGACCUGCGAAUUGGAGAUGAAGAUAUAGGCCGGGUGGUCAUCGGUCUCUUUGGAAAGACUGUUCCAAAAACAGUGGAUAAUUUUGUGGCCUUAGCCACGGGAGAGAAAGGAUUUGGCUACAAAGACAGCAAAUUCCAUCGUGUGAUCAAGGACUUCAUGAUCCAGGGUGGAGACUUUACCCGGGGAGAUGGCACUGGAGGAAAGAGCAUCUAUGGUGAACGCUUCCCCGAUGAGAACUUCAAGCUGAAACACUACGGGCCUGGCUGGGUGAGCAUGGCCAAUGCAGGCAAAGACACCAAUGGCUCCCAGUUCUUUAUCACGACCGUUAAGACGGCCUGGCUAGAUGGCAAGCACGUGGUGUUUGGCAAAGUUCUGGAAGGCAUGGAGGUAGUACGGAAGGUGGAGAGCACCAAGACUGACAGUCGGGACAAGCCCCUGAAGGAUGUGACGAUCGCAGACUGUGGCAAGAUCGAGGUGGAGAAGCCCUUUGCCAUCGCCAAGGAGUAGGGCCCCAGGGACCUCUUCCUCUGAGCCACCAUCUGUGCGGCCCUGUUGCCUUCCCGCGGGUGAAGACCGCCCGCCGCAGGGCUCCAUGCUGCACUGGCCCAAGUGCUGGCAUCUGACGGAGCGGACCCCUCCCCUCACAUUCCACAGGCCUACCUACCAGCCUGGUUUUGUAACAAAGUCCUACCAAUGCUGACGAAUUAAAAAAAAAAAAAAGGUGGGUUUUUUUAUAA